AUGCCCUGUGUUGGAUGUCCCGGAGUAUGGUCGAUACCAGAUAUCUACAACACGUUGAACAAUGAGAAUUGGAAUAUCACCUAUGGGCCUACUCAACCACAGCAGGUUCAUUUUUCUUUUGCUUCCGAUACAGCCUAUGCACGUUUCCAAUUCUCGACGUUAGCCUCCUCGCCUCAAUCAUACCUAAAGUAUUGGCCUGCCGAGCGACAAGAUGAACCAAUUACCGUGAAUACAGAGGAUUGGACGUUUGUGGAUGGAGGUGCUCAGCGUCGUCCUCUUUACAUGCAUCAAGCGACUACAAAGCGCCUCGAAUCAGGUUGCAAGUAUCAAUACCAAGUUGGCUCACAGUCACCAAAGACGGGUUCAGUGGAAUGGUCCUCUACUUUCGACUUCCAUACUGCAUCAAGUAGUCAAGAGUUUGAAUUUUUGAUCACAGGCGACUUGGGAGUUACAAAAGCCGUUGCUCUGCCUCAUUUGAUCACAGCUGCCCAAUCGCACAACUAUGACUUUAUAGUCAAUGUGGGCGACCAAGGAUAUGACUUGGCAGAUUUUGAAGGGAUCAAAGGCGACCAAUACAUGAACAUGAUGCAAGCUGUCUAUGGACACUUGUCAUACCAAGGUGUGCAAGGCAAUCAUGAAGUUACCUAUGACGGCUCGCAUUAUAAGAAUCGAUUCAAAAUGGUGCCUUAUGAAGAAUCAGGUUACAAGGAUCCAUUAGUGUACUCGUACAAUCACAAAUCGAUCCACUUUGUGUUCUUCAGCACGGAGUUGUACAUCUCUGAUGUUUAUUCAGACCAUGAAAAAGAGUUACAAGAAGCAUUGGCAUGGCUUGAGAUUGAUUUGGGCUCAGUGGAUCGCAACAAGUAUCCUUGGAUCAUUUUUGUCACACACCAUCCCAUCUAUUGUACAGCAGAAUCGAAAUCAUGCAGCAAGGAUGGAGAAAUGAUCCGUAAUGGCAAAACAGGCAAGGAUGGAAAGCGUUGGGGUGCAUUGGAACCUAUACUUCAAAAGCACAAGGUCGAUUUGUAUCUAAGUGGUCACGUUCAUGCCUACGAACGCACUUGGCCGGUUGCUGACAAUCGAGCCACAUCGAUGGAUUAUGAAAACCCUUCAAGUCUGGUAGCUCUCAUUGUUGGCAAUGCAGGCGAAGCUGAAGGAAAUGCCGGAUACAAUGCAGCAGCAUCCGCAGAAGAGUUGCCUGAUUGGAAGGCUUUCCAUUAUGACGGCUAUGGUUUCUCUACCGUUAAAGCAACCCCUUCCUCUUUAGAGUUUACACACAAGGAAGCUAAACUAGAUGGCUCACUCGGGCGCAUCAUUGAUCAAUUUACCAUCCACAAAGAACAAGACGACAAUGAAAAUUGA